GCGGGCACACAGCCGGGACCCGGCGGCAGGGGCGCGAGCACACGGAGGCCUGCCGAGAGGUGCCCCGGGUGGCCACAUCAUGGAAUCGGGCGGCCACAUUAUGGACUCGGGCGCCGAAGAGUACGAGCUCAAUGGCGAGCUGCACCCAGGCUCGCCCCGCUCCCCUGAGGCCUCGCCUUCCCGCUGGGGCUUGAGGAACCGGCUCCUCAAUGUGAACCAUUACGCCAACAAGAAGAGUGCAGCCGAGAGCAUGCUGGAUGUUGCGCUGCUGAUGGCCAAUGCGUCCCAGCUGAAGGCCGUGGUGGAGCAGGGCCCUGCCUUUGACUUCUUUGUGCCCCUAGUGGUCCUCAUCUCCAUUUCCCUGGUGCUGCAGAUCUGCGUGGGUGUACUGCUCAUCUUCCUCGUCAAGUAUGAUCUUAACAACCCAGACAAGCAUGCCAAGCUGGACUUCCUGAACAACCUAGCCACGGGCCUGGUAUUCAUCAUUGUGGUGGUCAACAUCUUUAUCACAGCCUUUGGGGUCCAAAAGCCCAUGAUAGAUAUGGCACCCCAGCAAUAGAGAAUCCAGAACCUUGAAUGCCAUCUGUCCCGCAGCCCAGCCCCCAGAAACUUCGAGUCCUGAAGUUACUCCAGCUCCAUGUGUAGUACUCCCAUUGGGCCAAAGCCCAAGCUGGCCUUUGCUGGGCCAUGUCCUGAGACACGCGCUGAUUGUGACUGACCAUGGGAGGCCCUACCCUGUGUGUGGGGGGCUGAAUGUGAGCCCAGAAGGUCAGAACUGGACAGACCCAGAGACUAGUAUCCAGAAAUGGUCACAUCCCACCAAAGGACACACAUCUGAUCUGCAUGGGCCAGAUCAGGGGUCUGCUUUGGCCUCUGUCUCAGGAUAUUCCAGAAGGACUAGAACUUGGCCCUCCCUUUGCCAAAGCACCAGCAUCCCCAUGUCCCGUGAGGCCUGCCCAGGCCACCCUGGUGACUGCUGCACUGCUUCUGCCACUUUCUAACCCAGGGACACUGGACAGCCAGCAUUGACCAUCAGCCUCUGGCUCCCUCUUCAGUACCUGGGCUUGGUGGUCACCAAGAAGCAGCCUCAGACCCUACCCACACCCUCCACCAGCAGUGAUCAGGCAGAGCCCCAGUCCCCCUCCUAGGGGUCCAGGCCUCUACUUUUCUAAUCAGGAAUGACAAUAAAGCUCAUAUGCCUCCCUGCA